AUGUCUGAUUUGAGCAAGACGCCGUCUCUUGAUGUGAGGGGUGAGAACUCUAAGGAGUCGCAAGAGCUGCGAGGGAAGUCGUCAGCGAACUUGAAUGCGCCAGGAACGCCAGUGCAGACGGUGGUGCCAUCGGUGGUACCACCGGUGGCGCAGCCUGUGGCACAGCCUGUGGUGGCACCAUCAGCGAUGAAAGAUAUCAAGUCACAAACACCAGUUCAAGUGCCUCAAACUCAGGUUAAACCGCAAUCCAUACCACCUGUGGCCCAGCCGCAGAUAGAAGAGAAGUUUCCUGCAGGGAAAGUAGUCACUGUAGGAUCGCAUAGAGUUGAGGUGGUGAGCUACCUUGCGGAAGGAGGGUUUGCACAGAUCUAUGUGGUCAAAUUUGUCGAGUACACCAACGAGUUUGAGCGGAAGAAUGACGAGAGUAUGAACCAGCCCUUGAAGCCAGGGAGUCCCGCAUGUCUGAAAAGAGUGCUGGUGCAAGACGAAGUGGGUCUCAACAAGAUGAGAAGCGAAGUAGAAGUGAUGAAGAAGUUGCAAGGUGCACCAAAUAUCGUGCAAUACUUUGACUCCAACGCUUCCAGACUACGUGAUUACAGCGGUAACAUUACGCAGGGGUUCGAAGUUUUGCUGCUGAUGGAACUCUGUCCCAACAAAUCACUGCUGGACUACAUGAACCAACGUCUGGCGACAAAAUUAACAGAGCAGGAAAUUUUCAAGAUCAUGUACGAUAUAACCCUGGCAGUAGCACAAAUGCACUAUCUUCCUGUGCCAUUGAUUCAUAGAGAUAUAAAAAUUGAGAACGUCCUGGUAGACGCAAAUAAUAACUUCAAAUUGUGUGAUUUCGGCUCCACUUCAACAUGUUUUCCAGCAUUCACCUCAUUUCAAGACAUUGCUAUGCUUUCACAGGACCUUUAUAUGCAUACUACACCACAAUAUAGGUCACCGGAAAUGAUAGACUUAUUCAAAUACAUUCCAAUCAAUGAGAAAUCAGAUAUAUGGGCACUCGGUGUGUUCUUAUACAAGCUUCUGUUCUUCACAACUCCAUUCGAAAGAACUGGCCAAUUUGCAAUGCUGCAUUCAAAAUUCGAGUUUCCACCAAAUAGUUAUUCAUCGAAGUUAAUCAACUUAAUUAUCGUUAUGCUAGCAGAGAAUCCAAGUUUGAGACCUAAUAUCUACCAAGUUUUGUACUAUUUGUCUGAAGUUACCAAUAGGGAAGUACCUCCAACUGUUUUAAGCGAUAAAUAUGGUCAGGGCCCUUACAACUUCGAAAAGUAUACCAGAUUUCAGAAAGAAUCUCAGCAAGUGCAGUUGCAGUUGUCUACAUUACAAGCUAAAAUUAAUGAUCCCAAUAGCACCAUGCAACCUGCUGAUUGGGAGUUGUACGAUAGAAUGUAUAUGUCAGCAUUCACAAUUGUACCACAACUGCCUGUUUCAGAUAGAAAGAUUGUAGCACAGAAUCAAUUUAUUCAACCAGGACAACAACAACAAUCUCAAAUUCCGCAAAUAUCUAAUAGACCCAUCCAAUCUAAUAUACCUCAAAUCCAACAGAUGCCUCAGUUGCAAGUGCCACCUUCGCAGGCUUCCAACGAGUUUGGCACUGAUGAUGAAAACUUCAAGACAUCCAGGUCUAAAUCUAAUCAGCUCGGUUAUCAAAAGGAAAAUAAUGAUCCUAAAUCAGGCGCUAUUCCUAAUUUUGAUGGCGAUCCUUUCAACUCAACGCUUCCAAGGAAAGAUAGCAAUGCGGAGUAUAGGAGAUCGCAAUUAAUUGUUCAAGGUAACAUAGGGCCAUCAAGAAGUAUGGGGUCGGUCUCUCCAGUACAGUCACCAGUUAAUUACAAUCAAAAUCAUCCUAAUUUUCAAGCCUUGAAUUUAGAAAGAGGUAUGGAGAAACCAGUCAACUACCAUAAGGGAAACCCUUUUGAGCAAGAUAUGCCUGGUAAUAAUGGCAAGUUUGUUCAAAAAGGCCAGCCCAUUCAAAUAAAUCAGCAACCUUUGUAUGUUGGAGCUAGUAGCCAAAUGGGACAAAAUAUGAAUAAAAAUCAAGAAAAAAGAUCAUCAGAUUUAGAGGGUAAGUACAAUAACACUAGCUCUUCAAAUUUUGAUCCAUCUUUACUCAGGGAGAAUGUUCCUAACAAGAGUUCAAUGUCUCAUUUACUUGAUAAGAAUGGAAACCAAGUGGAAUUGCCUCCAAGACCUAAACGGUCAUCUAUGCAAUCACAGACAAUGCCUUCGGAUAACGUUCCAACAAAUGCGACAUCAAAUCACACUAGAACUAGAAGUGUAGAUGCUCAUAAGGUUUCUUUUGAGGGGUCAUCAGAUCGUGGUUUUUCUAAAGGCAACACAAAUAAUAAAGUUCAAGACAAAUCCGCUCAGAACAUUUUAGAGGAAGAAGGGUUCUUCGAAAAUGAAUACGGUAAUAGAGAUUAUAGAAAGGAAGUUUUUACAGGACAAGCUCUACGCACAAUAAAUUCAUCACCUCAAAGUGCUAGAAGCGAUAAUAGCAGUCAUCCCUCAAAUGCUGAAUUUGCACAAUUAGGCAAAAAGACUUUGCAAGGCAACUUCGAGAAGCCCAACAAGAAAACUCUAGAUAUCGAUUACCAAGAGGUUGAUUUUUCGCCAGCACUUUCAGACAAUACCACUAGGCAAGGCUAUUUUGAAGGUCAAUCACCUGGUUUUAGUGAUCAACUGUCAUACGAUCUUAAUGACGCCUUGGAAUUUGAUAGAAGGGGAAAGGACUCCAGGCAUAUGACACCUGGUGCUUUUGAUACCGGUGGACUGCAAAAGUUGAAAUCCUCAUCUUUAAACAGAAGCCAAGGCAGCAUAAGCAGUGGUGCAAACGAAUGGCCAGAGAGUUCAGACCGCCUACAUAGUGCAAGAAAGUCUCUAGACUUAGAUAGAGCGAGACAAUUGCAUAAUUACCAAUCAGAUAAAAAGAAAAGGUCACUGUUCAAUAUGUUCAAGGAAAAAAAAUGA